AUGCCCUUCAUAACAAUCAACAAGCACCAGCUCCACUACACAGACAGUCAUCCAUCCGGCGCACCCGCAGGCGGGCACACCCUGGUGUUCACACACGGCCUCGGCUCUUCGCAAAACUACUAUUUCCCCGUCCUCCCCUACCUUACAAAGAACCACCGGUGCAUCACACCCGACACUUACGGCUCCGCACGCUCGCCCUACACAGAGCAAGAUGUUUCGAUUGCUUCCAUCGCGGCCGAUGUCGUGGGAAUCCUCGAUACGCUGAGCAUCGACAAGGCCAUUGUGGUCGGGCACUCGAUGGGCGGGCUGGUUGUUACCCUAUUAGGCGCGCAGUAUAAGGAGCGUGUUGCCGGGAUCGUGGCAAUUGGGCCGACGCAUCCUGGGGGGAAGUUGGCUGAGGUUAUGACGAAAAGGAGUGAGACUGCGCUUGAGUCCGGCAUGGAACCCCUCGCAAACUCCAUCCCGGACGCCGCAACCGGCAGCGCGUCUACCGCUCUCGUCCGCUCCUUCAUUCGCGAACUUGUCCUCGGCCAGAACCCCAAGGCCUACGCAGCGCUGUGCCGUGCAAUCGCAAACGCUCCGACGGUCGAUUAUGGUGCGAUUACUUCACCGUUUUUACUGAUUGCAGGGGAAGAGGACAAGUCUGCAAGCAUGGAGGGGUGUGAGAUUAUCUUCAAUGGUGUCGCGAGUGGGAAUAAGAAGAUGGAGGUUCUUAAGCAGAUAGGGCAUUGGCAUUGUCUUGAAGCGCCUGAUGAGGUCGGGAAGUUGAUCGAGGAGUUUGUGGGAAGGCUGUAG